AGAAAAUCACAAUCACCAAAAUGAAACCAAAGAAUCCCGCCCGCCGCAACGUCCCGUUGAAGCCACAAAUACCUGGGAAAACCAUAAAGAAAAGUGCUGGCUCAGGUGGAAGGAGAACAACGAAGCCGAAGGCAGUCUCGAACGAGAUACCCAAGACUUUGACAACCUCAGCAGCCGCACCCGCAGCCGCACCUGCACCCACGCCCACACCCACAUCCGCCUCCACAGCAGUAUCUGACGAAGCCACACUCGCAUCCAUUCCCACCACAUCCCGCAAGAAGGGCAAGAAAUUCCCCACACAGUCACACCUCCUAUCUUUGAUAGAUGCGAUAUCAACACAGCAAGAUCAGGUCAUCACCAACAAACUCGCUCGACAUCAUGCAAACGCGGCCCGCAACUCGGUAAAGCAAAAGAAGACCCAAGACAAAAAGAGAGAGAAGAGAGCAGAGAUUGAAGUCAUCAAGAAGCAACUAAGGAUGGAGAAGGGAAAAAAGAAGAAAAGAAAGAGUAAAGAGGAACCGGAGCAAGAUUCAGAGAGUGGAGGGAAGCCAAAGAAACGGGUCACAUUCGAUCUUUAGCGAGCAUGACAUUUGUACAUUCUUCAUUUCAGACGCACCGUGUCGGUAGCAUGUGUAUUUAUCUAUUUUGAAAUCAACUAUAAUAUCUAAAGUAAAAAUACAGAAGAGGUCAUUACUGCGCCUACCGCCAGGGCAGACCGCCAAUAUGUGC